GCGCAUCGCUGACGUUCCGUCUCCGGGCCCUCCCAGCAGAUCAUUUCUGAUGUCUCUUGUGUUGUCAGUCGGGAGAGCCUGAGGUCUGUUAGUACUGAAGGCUUGCAGCGGCGAGUACCAGAGGCGAGACUUCGCGGACCCCUGCUUCCCCAAAGGAUGGCCCCUUUGUCCAGCGAGGACCAAGCGAUGGUGCAGGCAAUGCUGAGGCAGUUGUUCCAGAGCGUGAAGGAGAAGAUCACGGGUGCCCCCUCCCUGGAAUGUGCCGAGGAGAUUCUUUUACAUCUGGAGGAAACUGAUGAAAAUUUUCACAACUAUGAAUUUGUGAAAUACCUUAGACAGCAUAUAUGCACCACUUUGGGUUCUAUGAUUGAAGAAGAAAUGGAAAAAUGCACAUCUGAUGAGAAUCAGGGUGAAGAAUGUGGCUAUGACACAGUUGUACAGCACGUUAGUAAAAGAACUCAGGAAUCCAAAGAGACUUUUUUAACCGGAGAACUAUGGAGAAAGGCUAAGGAAAAGUAUAGGAAAGAAAGAGAUCGGCACAGUCCAAACAGCACUGUAACUAUGCCUAGGAGUUACAGAUUUUGUCAAGGAAAAUUACAAUUGAUUUUAGACCAGUUGGAUCCUGGGCAACCUAAAGAGAUGAGAUAUGAAGCCUUGCAAACAUUAUGUUCAGCUCCUCCGUCUGAUGUCCUGAACUGUGAAAAUUGGACUACUCUCUGCGAAAAACUGACAAUGUCUCUUUCAGAUCCUGAUCCUGUGUUUAGUGACCGGAUUUUAAAAUUCUAUGCACAGACAUUUUCACUUUCUCCAUUACAUAUGACCAAGGAAAUUUAUACACGCUUAGCUAAGUAUUUGGAGUUAUACUUUCUUUCUAGGGAAAAUCAUAUUCCUACUCUUUCGGCUGGUGUAGAUAUAACUAAUCCUAAUAUGACUCGCUUACUUAAAAAGGUUCGUCUUCUAAAUGAGUAUCAGAAAGAGGCUCCAUCUUUCUGGAUUCGUCAUCCAGACAAGUAUAUGGAAGAAAUUGUGGAGAGUACUUUGUCCUUGUUAACAGUUAAACAUGAUCAAAGCCAUGUUGUCUCACAAAAGAUUUUGGAUCCAAUCUACUUUUUUGCGUUAGUUGAUACCAAGGCUGUGUGGUUCAAAAAAUGGAUGCAUGCACAUUAUAGCAGAACUACUGUAUUAAGACUUCUUGAAAAGAAAUAUAAGUCUCUGAUAACUACAGCUGUUCAACAGUGUAUUCAGUACUUGGAACUGUGUAAGACUAUGAAAGCUGAUGAAACUUUGAGACAUUCAAAGCAUUGCAGAAAUAAGCAGAAACCUUUCCACUACUUAGGACAAGAAUUACAAUAUAUUUAUUUCAUUCACUCACUCUGCCUUUUAGGAAGAUUAUUGAUCUAUACACAAGGCAGAAAACUAUUUCCUAUUAAGUUGAAGAAUAAAAAAGGUUUGGUAUCCCUCAUAGAUCUGCUUGUUCUAUUUAUUCAGCUUAUCUGUUACUCACCAAAUUGUCCAAAGAUGACAUCAGCUGCACAUUCAGAGAAUUACUCUCCUGCAAGUAUGGUGACUGAAAUUCUAUGGAUGCUCUGUGAUCAAAAAGAAUGUGCGGUCAAAUGCUUAUAUAACAACAUUGUAAUAGAAACACUUCUUCAGCCUGUUCACAAUUUAAUGAAAGGAACUGAGGCAUCUCCAAAUUGCUCUGAGACAGCUUUAAUUCAUAUAGCUGAUAUUUUGGCAAGAAUUGCAUCUGUAGAAGAAGGACUUAUUUUACUUCUUUAUGGAGAUAAUAUGAACUCUUCUGAAGAAGGUUCUACAGGUGCUCACAUAAUUGCCCAGUUUUCUAAAAAACUUCUCGAUGAAGAUAUUUCUAUAUUUUCUGGAUCGGAAAUGUUGCCUGUGGUUAAAGGAGCUUUUAUUUCAGUGUGUCGUCAGAUAUAUAGUACAUGUGAAGGCUUGCAGGUGCUAAUCACUUAUAAUUUGCAUGAAUCUUUAGCAAAGGCAUGGAAAAAGACAAGUUUGCUAUCAGAAAGAAUUCCUACUCCAGUAGAGGGUUCUGAUUCUGUUUCUUCAGUAAGCCAGGAAUCCCAAAACAUUUUGGCUUGGGAAGAUAAUUUGUUAGAUGAUAUACUACAUUUUGCUGCCACCCCCAAAGGAUUACUGCUUCUUCAAAGAACAGUUGCCAUCAAUGAAUGUGUGACAUUUAUGUUCAACCGAUAUGCAAAAAAAUUACAGGACAGCAGGCAUAAAAAUUUUGGCUAUCAAGUUUUGGUUACACAAGUGGCGUCAACAGCUGCAGGUGCCAUUGCACUAAAAAAGUCAGGAUUUAUUAAUGCACUUACAACUGAAUUAUGGUCCAAUCUGGAAUAUGGAAGAGAUGAUGUCAGGGUAACCCAUCCCAGAACUACUCCAGUGGAUCCUAUUGAUCGAAGCUGUCAAAAGUCUUUUUUAGCACUGGUGAGCUUGUUAUCCUAUCCUGCUAUUUAUGAACUGAUAAGCAAUCAAGAGCUUCCUAAUAAAGCAGAAUAUUCUCUUCGUGAAGUCCCAACAUGUGUUAUUGAUAUUAUUGAUAGACUUAUAAUUUUGAAUUCUGAAGCUAAGAUUCAUUCUUUAUUCAACUAUGAACAAUCACAUAUCUUUGGUCUAAGAUUAUUAAGUGUGAUAUGCUGUGAUCUGGACACUCUUCUCCUAUUAGAGGCUCAGUAUCAAGUAUCUGAAAUGUUAUUAAACGCUCAAGAAGAAAAUAUCUUAGAGACUUCUGAGAGCCACAGGGACUUUAUAAUUGAUGGCUUAUCAGUAGAGAGAAAUCAUGUUCUUGUUAGAAUAAAUCUUGUUGGUGGGCCAUUAGAACGGAUUUUGCCUCCGAGAAUGCUAGAAGAGAGUGAUAAUCCAUAUCCUUGGCCAAUGUUUUCUUCAUAUCCUUUGCCAAACUGCUAUCUGUCAGACAUUACAAGAAAUUCUGAUAUAAAACAAGACAGUGAUCUUGGCAAGCUUUUAUUGUGCCUCAAAAUAUCUGAUAAACAAACUGAAUGGAUAGAAAACUGCCGAAGACAAUUUUGCAAAAUAAUGAAAGCCAAACCUGAUACAAUCAGUGGAGAGGCCUUAGUAGAAUUACUUGAAAAUUUUGUGUUUCAUCUCACUGAAAGCCAGUCUGAAUGCUACUUCCCUUCAGUGGAGUAUACAGCUACUGAUGCAAAUGUGAAGAAUGAAAGUCUUUCAUCUGUGCAGCAGCUUGGCAUUAAAAUGACUGUCAGGUAUGGCAAAUUCCUCAAUCUCUUAAAAGAUGGAGCAGAAAGUGAUCUUGCCUUGGUUUUAAAGCAUUGUGAGAGAUUCCUGAAACAGCAGCAAACUUCCGUAAAAUCUUCUCUUCUCUCCCUGCAAGGGAAUUAUACUGGCCAUGACUGGUUUGUAUCUUCUCUGUUCAUGAUAAUGUUGGGAGACAAAGAAAAAACAUUCCAAUUUCUUCAUCAAUUCUCCAGGCUUCUGACUUCUGCUUUCCUUUGGUUGCCAAGACUACAUAUUUCUAGUUACCUACCUAUUGACACUGUCAAAUCUGGCAUUCAUCCAGUGUAUUUUUGCUGCACCCAUUAUGUUGAAAUGCUACUGAAGACUGAGUUGCCUCUUGUGUUUUCAGCUUUUCACAUGUCUGGUUUUGCACCAUCACAGAUUUGCCUGCAAUGGAUAACCCAGUGUUUUUGGAAUUAUUUAGAUUGGAUAGAAAUAUGCCAUUAUAUUGCUACUUGUGUUUUCCUUGGUCCUGAUUAUCAAGUGUAUAUCUGUAUAGCUAUAUUCAAACAUUUACAACAAGACAUUCUACAGCACACUCAGACUCAAGAUCUGCAAGUUUUCUUGAAAGAAGAAGCACUGCGUGGGUUUCGAGUGAGUGAUUAUUUUGAAUACAUGGAAAAUCUGGAACAAAACUACCGAACAGUGCUGUUGAGAGACAUGCGGAACAUUAGAGUGCAGAGCACAUAGACCAUGAGACACACAGCUUCAAUUUAUGUUUUAUUUAUCUUUAAGGGCAACGUGGGGAGGGGGUUGGGGGGAGCGUGAUUGUUUUCUGACUGUGUCUGUAACAACAUAAACUUUGUGAAUAUACACAUUGUAAAUACUGAGAGGUUUUGAAUAUAAUGGUACAUUUAGGUAGGUAUGAACUCAAUUUGUGAAUUCAUUGUUGUAAGUUUGUUGUUUUGUAAAGUUAUUAUAGAAUCAGAUCUAGCUUACUGAUAGUUCUUAUUCACUUUAAGAGUUAGUGCUGGCUGGGUGCGGUGGUUCAUGCCUGUAAUCCCAGCACUUUGGGAG